GAAGCAGGAGCUCGGAGUUUCGGGCGCGCUGCUGGAGACGCGCCGCCGGGGCUUCCCAACACCGUCGCCAUCCCCGCUCGCUACCGGGACGGAGGACGAGGAGGAGCGGCUGCAGGGCCAGACGCCGAGCCGAGGAGGCUCCGUAGCGUCUCCGGCGAGGAGGAGAAGGCGGAGGAGGGCGACGACCCGGCCGAGGCAGCCGCCGCCGCAGCCCGCGCGCGGAGCCCAUCCCGGGCGGAGCGAGGAUGCUGCGCGACCGCCCGCCGGCAUCGCCUCUGGCGGUGCUGCUGCCGCUGCUGCUCCUGCCCGGCGGGACGCUCCGGAGCGCGGCCGGCAGCCAAGUGAAUUUAUUGGACUCUCGAUCAGUAAUGGGGGAUCUUGGAUGGAUAGCCUACCCAAAGAAUGGGUGGGAAGAAAUUGGCGAGGUGGAUGAGAAUUACGCGCCGAUCCACACAUAUCAAGUGUGUAGAGUCAUGGAACAGAGUCAGAACAACUGGCUUCUGACAAGCUGGAUCUCCAACAAGGGAGCCUCUCGAAUCUUCAUUGAACUGAAAUUCACCCUUAGGGACUGUAACAGCCUUCCUGGAGGUCUUGGGACUUGCAAAGAGACUUUUAAUAUGUAUUAUUUUGAAUCGGAUGACGAAGAUGGAAGGAACGUGAAAGAAAACCAGUACAUCAAGAUUGAUACCAUUGCGGCAGAUGAGAGCUUCACAGAGCUAGACCUUGGAGAUAGAGUCAUGAAGCUGAACACAGAGGUGAGAGAUGUCGGGCCUCUGACCAAAAAGGGAUUUUACCUUGCUUUCCAGGAUGUGGGCGCCUGCAUUGCGCUGGUGUCUGUGAGGGUGUACUAUAAGAAGUGCCCUGUGGUCGUCCGGAACUUGGCCAUCUUCCCCGACACCAUCACCGGAGCGGAUUCUUCUCAGCUUCUGGAAGUCUUGGGGUCGUGUGUGAACCACUCGGUGACAGACGAACCCCCAAGGAUGCACUGCAGCGCUGAAGGGGAAUGGCUGGUGCCGAUUGGGAAAUGCAUGUGCAAGGCAGGCUACGAAGAGAAGAACAACACUUGUCGGGCGUGUCGGUCAGGAUUCUUUAAAGACUCGCCACAGAGUCCAACGUGCACGAAAUGCCCUCCACACAGUUACACACGCGAAGAAGCGUCAACUUCCUGUGUUUGUGAAGAGCACUAUUUCCGAAAGGAAUCUGACCCACCUACAAUGGCAUGCACAAGACCCCCCUCUGCUCCCCGGAGUGCCAUCUCAAAUGUUAACGAGACUAGUGUCUUCCUGGAAUGGAUUCCUCCUGCUGAUACUGGUGGAAGGAAAGAUGUGUCUUAUUAUAUUGCAUGCAAGAAGUGCAACUGGCACUCGGGUCUCUGUGAGGAGUGUGGUGGUCAUGUCAGGUACCUCCCCCAACAAAGCGGCCUGAGAAACACCUCUGUGAUGAUGGUGGACCUGCUUGCCCACACAAACUAUACCUUUGAAAUUGAGGCACUGAAUGGUGUGUCCGACCAGAGUCCGGCGGCGAGGCAAUUUGUGUCAGUCAAUGUAACCACAAACCAGGCAGCACCAUCUCCAAUCACAAAUGUGAAAAAAGGGAAAGUCGGCAAAAAUAGCAUCUCCCUCUCUUGGCAGGAGCCAGAACGACCCAAUGGCAUCAUCCUGGAGUAUGAAAUCAAAUAUUUUGAAAAGGAUCAAGAGACCAGCUACACUAUCAUCAAAUCCAAGGAAACGAAAAUUACCGCAGAUGGCCUGAAACCCGCUUCAGCAUAUGUCUUCCAGAUCCGAGCACGGACCGCAGCAGGGUACGGCGGCUUCAGCCGAAGAUUUGAGUUUGAAACCAGCCCAGUGUUAGCUGCAUCCAGCGACCAGAGCCAGAUCCCUAUAAUUGCUGUGUCUGUUACAGUGGGAGUGAUCCUCUUGGCUGUUGUUAUUGGUUUCCUUCUCAGCGGAAGGAGGUGUGGCUACAGCAAAGCAAAGCAGGACCCUGAAGAAGAAAAGAUGCAUUUUCAUAAUGGUCACAUUAAAUUACCAGGAGUGCGGACUUAUAUCGACCCACACACCUACGAAGACCCAAAUCAAGCGGUCCAUGAGUUUGCCAAGGAAAUAGAAGCCUCGUGUAUAUCAAUUGAAAGAGUUAUCGGAGCUGGUGAAUUUGGCGAAGUAUGUAGUGGGCGAUUGAAACCACCUGGAAAGCGUGAGUUACCAGUCGCCAUUAAAACCUUGAAAGUGGGCUACACGGAGAAGCAGAGGCGAGAUUUCCUGGGAGAAGCCAGCAUCAUGGGGCAAUUUGAUCAUCCCAAUAUAAUUCACCUAGAAGGUGUCAUCACAAAGAGUAAGCCAGUCAUGAUUGUAACCGAAUACAUGGAAAAUGGAUCUUUGGAUACAUUUUUAAAGAAGAAUGACGGGCAGUUCACCGUAAUUCAGCUAGUUGGUAUGCUGAGAGGGAUAGCAUCUGGAAUGAAAUACCUGUCAGACAUGGGCUAUGUACACAGAGACUUGGCAGCCAGGAAUAUCCUCAUCAACAGUAACUUAGUGUGCAAAGUAUCUGACUUUGGACUUUCCAGAAUUCUUGAAGAUGACCCAGAAGCUGCCUACACAACAAGGGGAGGGAAAAUCCCAAUCCGAUGGACAGCUCCAGAAGCCAUCGCCUUCCGCAAAUUCACUUCUGCCAGCGAUGUCUGGAGCUAUGGGAUUGUGAUGUGGGAAGUGGUGUCUUAUGGAGAGAGACCUUACUGGGAGAUGACCAACCAAGACGUGAUUAAAGCUGUCGAAGAAGGGUAUCGCCUGCCAAGUCCCAUGGACUGCCCAGCUGCUCUUUAUCAACUGAUGCUGGAUUGCUGGCAGAAGGAAAGGAACAGUAGGCCCAAGUUUGAUGAAAUUGUAUGCAUGUUGGACAAGCUCAUCCGGAACCCUAGCAGCUUGAAAACGCUGGUGAAUGCAUCAAGCAGAGUUUCAAAUUUAUUAGGUGAACACAGCCCGCUGGGAAAUGGUGUCUACAGAUCUGUAGGGGAAUGGCUGGAAGCCAUCAAAAUGGGACGGUAUACAGAGAUUUUCAUGGAAAAUGGAUACAGUUCAAUGGACGCUGUGGCUCAGGUGACCUUGGACUCUAGGAAAAAGGCCACACAGUUAAGAACACUGGGCCAGAAACUCCACUGGUAUAAGUCACCUUCAUCCCUUUGAAGCCCUCACAAUUCAUAUCACUUGGCCUGAGAACACAGUUGUUGGGAAAAGGAGAGCCCCCCUCAUCUGUUCAUAUGCCUCUAAAACCAUGAAGGACCUUCAGAAUUUUCCGGAAAACCAGACACUAUGGUUAACAGCUUGUUUGGAAGAGGAAAAAAAAACCUAUGGAAAACAUGUUGGGUUUGAAUGUGUGUUGUUCAGUGGGGGCAAAUGUUUGUUUUGUUCCAGAGCUGGGACUUGGGGGGAUCGGAUGAGAACCAGAAUUGAACUGAAUUUUCAAACUGCCCUGUUAAACCCUUGUUUGAAAUUAAUGUGCCAGUACUCCUGAUUCCCAAAUCUGAUAUCAUGACAUUUCAGCCUGCUUAAGAAAUGGGUUGGAACAUAACCUAGAAGAGGAGGCUGGUCCUACAAAUAAUGGAAUCAGUCUCUGCGAGAGGCAAAUCUAUGUGUCUUUAAUACACUAGAAAAGUGAGUGAGCCAGUAUAAUAUUAUGUCAUCCACACCAAGAUUUUGAAGUGUCUGGUGGUUUGGGGUGCCUCUCAGGGUGAGUGUCCAACAUAAGACGCCUUCAGGGGGGCCUUGGUUUGUGCCAUUAAGGAAACUGAGCCUUUUGGAGAUGUCUUAGCUGUCAGCUCAAAACCUGAGUCACCUGAAACAAUUUGAAAAUCUUGGUAGUUUCCUUGCAAUAGUCCAGUCAGAAUCCCACCUGCCAGCGAGGCCCUGUCAAAUGCAUGCUCUCAACAAAUGCUGCCUUUCAAACAGUGGCAAAUUGAAAUAAUCAUAAUUACGAUGGGCUCCUGUGGCUAUUGCCCCAAGUCCUGUGCUCUGUUCAGGCCCCAUCCGCAAAGGCCUGAUCUUCAAUAUGUUCCAGCAUUUUGCCAUGUAGUUCUAAUCCUAGCGGAGGAGAUGGAUAUGUCCUGUUUUCCACCUGGAUUACCAGACUGUUACCACAGCAGAGAGAACAACUGCUUUUUCUAAACAUGCGGACAAUCUCCUGUGGCUUUGAGUCUCUCUGGAACCUCUUCCCUUACUCAGCAAGGAUUACAUGGCCAGAACAACCCUCAAGAAUAGCUAGAUCAUGAGACUGGCCACUUUUAGUCAUAUACCUGACUGGACUUAAAUGGCUAACAACAAAAAGGUGGACUUCUUCACAUCUCCCUUUUGAAAGAUAACGUACUCACUGAAUCUCAGGACACCCUGUUGCUUGUCAUCCGGUGGACGGCUCUGAAUAUCUGUAACAAUAUGUGUGUCUGUUGUGUUACAUUGUAAUUGUUUUUCUUUCUUUUAAAAUAAAUGUUUAUUUAUAAAAUAAAAUAAAAUCCCUCAUCACUCAAUGGGAAAAAAAGAGAGAUAUACAUCAAGAAUUCACCGGCUCUUGCUUUUUAUUCCUCGCUCUUCAUUCUGUAACAUGGUAAUUAUUAUCAAGAAUUAUGUUGCCAUGCUGCUGCCGGGAAGGGGAUAAAUAACAAGAGCAGAUGAAAACGUUGCGCAAAGAAUUCUUAAGGAUGGGUGUGCCUGAAAACUAUUCCUCACUCUGUAAGCAACCUUGGUGAUUUGACAGAGUUACUCUUCCAGGGUUAGGGCUCCCCUUAUUCCACUUUUCUAACUUGCACGCCAUGUCAAUUGCUAGUUAUGGAAACCGCAUUCAAAACACUACCAAACCCUUUCUCACAUAAAUAAAAAAACUG